UGGACAGCAAGUCCGGCAACCGCCUCCGGUGGGGGCCAUAAUAAGAGCGAACGCAAGCCGAAUUCAACCAAACCCAAACCACAAUCCUUCCGAUCCCCAACCUUCCUCGGCGAUCGCCUCCGUCGCUUCCGACCUCCGGUGCCUCCCGCCGCUUCCGCCGAGCUCGAUCCGUUCCCCUCCUCCGCGCGUCCUAGACUAGCUCCAAUGGGCUUCAUCCAGAGCACCUUCUCGCUGCUGGUCGGCGCCGCGGGCGGCAUCUACAUCGCCCAGAACUACGACGUUCCCAACAUCAAGAACUACAUGCAGGGCCUGAUGGGCAAGGCCAAGGAGCUGGACCAUGCCUACAAGAAGCCCGAGGACGGCAGCAAGAGCAAGGCUUAGUCAACCCGCUCCCCCCACCGCAUCCAUGAGAGCAUGACCGACCGUUUAGCAUGCUAAUUGUUAUCACUAUCACUUAGUACUUAGUAGGUUCACUAUAUAUGAUUUGAGGGAUGACUCUGUCCACUCCGUUUUAAGACUGUCCUGGGGAUGAAAAAUAGCUGAUGAUGGCGGCACGUUUGUGAAUGAAUUAAUCGAUGGAAUGACCUGUUAGACUGCA